UUCCGUACUUCCAACCUCAGGUCUGUAACGCAAGCCAAAAACAUACCAAAGCAUAUUCACCGAGCAGCUUGUAUAAUACAAUUUCCCGGCGGCAUUUGUUAACCCACAAGCAGCUAUUUCAUUAUACAGAAAACUAUAUACCCGGUUGACUGCGGACGGUUAAGUAACGGCGCUGUCAUUGCUCAAGCUUUACAGAAAGCGGCAGUUGUUCUGUUUCUAUCCCACAAUGCAGUUCGUUGCAAACACUGGUACCACUGGCCUAUUCUAACAUUGAAAGACUCGAUGGUGUCAGCGAUACAGAGGGUUCUUGCUCUUGGGCCAACUCUAUGGUGGCGGCGGACCUUGAAGCUUGCGGGCCUGUUUUGACAUUAAUGCGGAAGUGCGCCGUGUCCAUGGAGACUAGCAUGUCUGCGCUCCCGUCUGCGGCGGAAAACUCUUCCGUCUCUGGGACACUGGCCCUGUCAUGGCUCCCAGACAGCGUCCUGCUGGAAGUGCUGAGUUUCCUGUCUAUCAGGGACCUUGUUCGCUCCGGACGUGUUUGCAAAAGAUGGAGAACGUUGGUCAUGGAUAAGACACUGUGGAGGCACAUUAACCUAACACCCUACAAGCUCGACUCAAAGACGCUGUGGCACCUUGUAAGACACAAAUUCGUGCCGAGUUUACAAACGCUGAAGCUCAGAGGGACGUUACGGUCCGUGAAGAAGCAGGAGUUCCUGACCAUGGCCGUACUCAAGGAAAUAGAGAGCCGCUUUCACAACCUCGAGACACUGCACUUGGAGCAGACAAACCUGCAUUCCCUCAGCUACUGCCACUUCCCUUCUACCCUGAAAACCCUUCAGCUUAACCAAUGUGAACUCCCAGCGAAUUGGUUUAAAACUCCCCCCAACAAAGGCAGAACUUUCCCGAAGUUGGAGCAUCUGUUCCUAAAUAGUGUGCCCUCCUUCUCCAACCACCACCUGGAGACCAUAUGCAGCCUCUCGGCUCUGAAGACAUUGUCCCUCUGUGGCACUUAUAGAGUAACAGAUGCUGGAAUUCCAGACUCUCUCCCACAUUUGAAGGGCCUUGAGCACUUAAAACUUCAAGGUUGCUAUAUUUCAGAUAUCACCUUGCACCUCAUUGGGUGUCACUUGAAGCACCUGCAGACAUUGGCUCUCACAGACGUCUCUUCUGUGAGCGACGCUGGCUUAGCCUGCCUCUCUAGCGUGAAGACUCUGGAAAAGCUUUGGCUAGAAUACAGCACCCAUCUCUCUUUAAAUUCUAUCAUAGCUGUUUGUGGCAAAUUGCCUGCCCUCAGUUAUCUCCAUCUGAAUGGGACAUUUGAGGGCCGUGGUAUAGAUGAACUGAAGAAGAGCCUCCCAAACUGCAUGGUUACUAACUAGUAAGGUAACACAUGUGACCCUAAUACAUGAAUCUGUAUCCUGAGGACUCUGCAUUGUCCAUGGACAGCUGGCAGCAUCUCUCUAUGGCCUUUCUUUAUACACCAAAAUUCAGCAUGAACCAAAACCUCCUGAUUAAAUUGCUGUAAAUGUUGCA